AUCUGAACUGGAUUAAAUCGACUGCUCAGACAUUCGUUUAUUGAUGGCAAAAAGUUCAAUUGAGAAAAUACAACGAAGCGAAUCUAUUUUCACUUUGUUCUCUCGAUCGAUGAUGAUUUGUAACAAUUUGAUAAAGAAGCAGUCGUCCGUCUCGGUUUUUAUUCUCUUCAAGGUCUGUUUGUGAUUUGCAGAAAGGAGACGAUUUUCAUAUCCGUUGUCAAAACAGUGCAAUUCAUAAGCGAUGGAUUUCUCGUCUGUCACUAGAAAGUACAAGUUGUAUAAACAAUGAAAUGUUCAUCUACCACAGGAAGGUGUAAUGUAUUAUCAGUAACGUUUUCGUUCGUUACUGGAAAGUACAGUUUAUUGUGUUUAGUGAAGUUGCCAUGUGUUACAAAACUGAAAUUUAUAUGCAGUAAUAAGUCUGUCAAAGGAUCCUACAAUUUAAGAGCAGAUGAUUUUUUAUCUUUUGUACUUUGGAAGUACAAUAACACACAUAAGCAGUUAAUGUUUUAUCUGUUGUACUAGAAAGUACAAUUUAUAAGCAGUUAAUGUUUCAUCUGUUGUACUAGAAAGUACAAUUUAUAAGCAGUUAAUGUUUCAUCUGUUGUUGAAAAGUACAGUUUGGAAGUAGUAAAACUAUCAUCUGUUGCUGGAAGGUACCAUUUAUAAACAGCGGAUUUUUCAUCUGAUCCCGGAGAGUACCAUUUGUAAUCAGUUGAUUUUUUUACCUGAUACCGGAAAGUACCAUUUAUAAACAGUGAAUCUAUAAUUGUUUCGGGAAAGUUGCAAUUCAGUAGUGAAAAGUGCAUCUUUUGCUUGAAAGCAGUGGAUUAUAAAACAUUUAUUACUAGAAAACACAAUAAUUUAUAAUACUUAAUUUUGCAUCUGUUACUGGAAAGUAAGCCUGCUAUUUAUACGAGUGAAAUUUUCUUUCGUUACAACAAAUUUCAACUUUUAAUAUUUAUUCACAUGUUACUGAAAAAUAUAAUUUAUAACAAGUGAGUUUUUCAUCUGGUACUCAUAAGUAUAAUUAUAAUCAACUAAUGAUAUGCAUGGUUUAACAUCUGUCCGUGUGUAGCCUACCUAGUACCAUUUGUUUUGUUAGGGGCUUAUCGCUCCGGUACGUACCCACAUUGCUGUCAGUCAUAUUGCUCGGCACGAGUUUUAGCGAUAUUCGUGGAUUCAUUUUCCUGGGAAGAGUGUCAGGAACACAUAAACAAGAGGACGAGUUCUCGAACUGUUUGCUACAGUAAUCAGUCUUACAACUGUAUUAUAAAAAUCCUCAUAGGAUUUUUUUUUCUUGUUCUAAAAAACGCGACUUCUGUGACGCCACCAGUUCUGUGAUUACGUGGUGUAGCCACGCAGUGCGAUGGCGUGAUGUGUUAUACUCCGUGUCGUAAUAUAUUUAAGACCGAUAUCACCAGCCCUCUAUUUUCUCUGUGACUGGAAGUAAUUAGCCACUAGAAAUAUAAUAGUAUUAAUGUAUUACGUUAUAUUGAUAUAUAGGCGGUCGUUUGUACGUGUAGACGACAGGCUUUAUAUGUAGAUGACUGUUAUUUAGAGUGGGCAUACGUUUUAGAACCUUUCUACCAGUAUAAUACACUAGAAAGUGGAAUUAAUAACAGUGCAUGUUUCAUCUGCCAUAGGAAAAUACAGUUUAUAACCAGUGCCUUUUCCCCUUUGUUAUGAGAACGUGUACUUUAUGAUCAGAAUUUUUUUUAUCUGUCGCAUGACAUUAUAUUUUAAUCAGUGAAAUGUUUCAUGUGUUGCUGAAACGAAAUAGUAGUGAAUUUGUUUUAUCGGUCACGAGAAAAUAUGAUUUAUAAUCCAGUGAUCAUAUGCACGACUUCACGUCUGUAGGUGGGUUACCUUGUAUUGCUUGUGAUAAUUGUUCGAUCACAUCCUGGGCUUAUAAACCAGCGCCCGGUAACCACGUAGAUGCUAAUCAAAUCCGUGCGUUUACGCCUCGACACCGGACUGCGAACCCGAUGACGUGAUUAGUGGAGCUAGAUUAGAGAUUAACGCCGAAUUAUUUUCACGGGUCAGUGUGGAUUUAGAAUUGGCCGUGGAGACGACUGCAUGCGUAGACCUCUUGGCUGUUUUACAGCUGGGGCAGUUUCUCUGUGUGGAAUAUACCCGUGUAAAUAGUGUACUGACUUCUCCGUUUCCAAGCCAGUGUUCUAUGAUGUAGUUGUUUCCGUUACAGUGUGAAUAUAUUUUUUUUUUCUCGUCCUUUCUGAAUGAAAUCAGAAUGGCGACCGCAAGAGGCGCCAAGGAAAAGGAGUUUACGUUACCAUUUAUUCAAAAAAGUUCCAGCCCGCGGCGUCGUUGUAGUCCAUCCCGACCGACAACUGUCGCCAUCGGACAUCCGUCCAAAGAUGUGUCAGGCACGAAAACGGGAUUCUACGAUUUCGCGCCACUUAUUUUGGAAGCAGACGAUAUGUUUGGUGAUUUCGGAUCUGAAGGUUUGUUCCCAGUGGAUGGAUUUCAAGAGGAUUCCAAGGAAACGGCCAAAAGGAACGCAGAGAAGGCAGCAGAAUUCGAAGUAGAACACAACUGGGUGCUGAAGGAAGCCGAAGAAAGGCAAUAUAAAAAGUUUGACGUGAUUAAAAGGAGAGUUACUAUUCCUCUUCCAGAUGAUGACCCGCUUGAUUCCAUACAGCACAGACUGGCAGAAGUACAGUCUAUGCUAAAACCUAAAGCAGAGCUGUCUAGCUUCCUCAGCGAAAUGGACCCAGAACAACGGGAAAGAAUACUGAAAAUUGCACACACAGACGUUGAGGUUUUACGACAAGAACGACUGAAAAGAAGAAAUAAGCCUCGACUGUAUUGGGCAGGAUACAUGGUUUGUCUGAUAGCCAAGGUGGCAGUUCCGCGUAAAAGAGAAUUCAAUCCAGAUGAUCCGGAUGUUCCGAUCACAGUAUUAAGACGAAUGCGCAAGAAGAAUCCAGGAAGCCCACCAUCAAAUAAAACUGGGUUCAAGUCGAGUCUGAGUUUUGAAAUGCAGAUGGCGAUGUCAACGAGACCAGAAUGUCGUACACAGCAAAAUAUACGAAGGGUGAUGUGGGUCCUCAAAGCAACGAAAGCGUUUACAUAUCUGUUUCCGUCUGAGAUGGAGAGGGAAGUGGCCAGAGUUGUUGCUUAUGAAAGGUACGAAGACAACCGCCAUAUUGCCUAUCAGGGGAGACCAGCUGAGAGGUUCUACUAUGUUUUGUCGGGAAGAGUCCAACAGUUACGCGAAUACAGACUUACAUCCGGGUGUGUAAAUAAAUUGAUGGGUUCUUUGAAGAAAGGAAUGACUUCACAGCGAGAUGAACUGGAGAAGAAAUGGCCACGAGAAUACCACCUUGUUUCAAAAGGUCCGGUUGAAGUUCUCGUACUUCACAGAGAUGAUUUUGUCAGAUUACAGCACACAACACAAGGGCCACCCAUUGAUUUUCUUUGGUCUCUGAACCUCUUUAAAGAAUUUCCAUGUGAAGAAUUUCUCACAAAUCCCGAGGCAAUAGAAUUCAAAUAUUAUGGCGAAAAUCGACUGGUGGCCAAAGACGGGUACCGAACACCAUGGCUACAUGUAGUCAAGUCUGGCUAUGUGAAAGUGGUGCGGAUACAGCACGUGCUGGAUGUACGGAAUGACACGAUGUUUGCGUCACAGAGUACGGAGGAACUCGGCUGUGGCAAACUCUUCAGUCAUGCUAAAGCCAUGUUGGGUAUUCUUGCGCAGCAGAGGAAGAUGAAGGCUCUCAGUCAGGUGUCUCUGCCAGACGUGCUGAAACGAAGACACACAAAAGACAGUGUUUCUCCAAAUGGAAGUACUGACAGAAGGAAGAACAAAAAGAAGGAAACCAAACUGCCAGUGCAAAGUGGCAUAGAAGAAAACUCAAAAGAAGAUGACCCACCAGUAUUAGAGGAGAAACCAGUCGUCAUGCCAGAAGUGCAUGUCCAUUCAGCUAAUUCUAGUCCCACGUUGAUCAUCACACCCACGAGACCUAAGGAUAACGUGGAGCUGCCACCCAUAAUAGUGACCCAGAGUUCUCCCAGGAAAGAGGUGUCGUCCCCCACCAAACAGCUGGGCUCCCACCUGCACCCUCAUAGCACGUUCCUAACACGUGAACGUACCGAGGCGGACCCCAAGCUCAGUCACCGGAAACGGAAAGACAUCCAACAGAGGAGAGCGUACCUCCAGCUCGAUCUUCUUGGACCUGGCGAUGUCUUCGGGUUGGAGGACAUAGUGAAACACUUCCGCUAUAGCCAAUGUGACGAAGAUGGUUUAGAAAACCUGGACCCUCCUCCAGUGCGUCAACCAGAUGGGCCAGCUAUCAGUUUGGUGAGUGACGGAGCAGAGGUGAUCAGAAUCAGCAAGCGCUUUUUCCUGCAGUACGCACAGAACAACACGAUGCUACGUGUGGAAACCAUGCAAAGAGAAUACCUGACGACGGAGGAAGCCAAGGACAUACUGUAUGACAAAGAAACGUGGUCCCAGUACAAGAACGUCUUGAUGCAGAGACUCAUCCAGAACCUUACAGCUCGAGACUGAUAGACAAGAAAUAAAUCAACACAGCUACAUUUAACUUAGGCGUUAAGCCACGGCUACACCAUACCUUGACGUCCGAUACGAGGCAUUUCCUAGCUGGAGGAGGGCACGGGAGGCUGUCAUCUUUAUUCAGCUGACGAAAACCAUAUAUUCAAUACCCUUAUUCGUUCAGCUGACCCUGGUUAUUUCAAGCUAAGCUUUGAUGUACAAUUCAUCUCUGUGAUAAACAAAAUUUUAAACUACAAUCUAUAUGUGAUAAAUCACACCCCGAAAUGUGAUGCAUCUGAGAACAUGUCUCCUCUGUGAUAAACCAGGUCUUAAACUACAAUGUGUGUGAUUUGCCGAGAACAACAGUUCAUUUCUGUGAUAAACCAAGUUUUCAUUGAUCUGGAUAAUCCAGGGUUUUAACACCAAGUGCUGUAAAGCAAACCAGGUCUGCAACAAUGACUACAGAUGAUGUGUUAAACCAAGUUUUAAACUGUGAUAUAUUUGUGAAUUACAACUCGAAUUUGUGAUGAGCUUGUGGCUAUUUAUAGUUGGUCUAUACGCUGGAUCAAGUGUUGUGAUUCAGACAUAUGCCAUUGCAGUCUUACAUGUUAAAUACAGUAUUAAAUUAUGUACGUAUGUACAGUUACAACUGAUGUGUCUGUUAAACUACAGCUGACAGGUUAUGAAAAUGUUAAAUUUUAUCAUAAAUAUUAAAAUAAUAUAUUCAGUGGGUUAAAUUAAGUCUUAAUUGUGAUAUAUAGUUAUGCACUCAAACCACUGACCUUUUGGACAUAUAAUGUGCCAACAUAUAUUAUUUUUAUAUACAUCUGUACCUGUAUAUUUCCUUUUUGUAAAGAGGACCAGUAUAAAAAUAAAUAUACUAGUUUUUUUCUUAGUACAUGUGCUAAGCAUAAUAAAUACGUACAUUUUAUAAUCAUGCCACAUUACCAACAACAACAAAAUUUCUAAAGUAAAAGUUAAAAGGAAUUAUAAAACAAAUCUUGCUCAAAUACAUGGCGGGUUUUUCUAUUUUUGUUAUACAUGGUAUACAGUGUCAAAGUUUAUUUUUGCAAAACAGGAUAAUAAUUUAAAGUAAUUUAGGCCAAGAAGCUUUAGUAACCAGGCUUAAGAGGUAUUUGGGUUUUAAAAAAUAUUAUUUCAAAGGUAAAUAGGAAUUGCAAUACAAAUGGUUUAGUGACUAAGACCUACCAAUAUCUAUCGAUUAGUUUAGGGCCAGGGGCCUAUAAAGACCUCAAUAUGUCCUUUGAUGGAUACAGUAUUGAAUAAGGACUUGAAUUACUGUCUUCCUGAUAAUUAAUAAACUAUUUGUUCAUCA